AAAUUGUUAUUUAUGAUAAUGGAAUGGUACGUGACCAGAUAUUAUGAAGACGUGGCACUGGCACUGCUAUGGAUGCUUCUGUGAACUGAAGUAUUAUGAAGUAUUCAAUAUAUGCAAGUGUUGAAAAUGCUUUCGGAUAUAAGCUACUGAAUAUGUGACCUGGCGAAGGCUGUUUGCGUCUCGCGGAUUCUCGUCGCUGGCCGUCAUGUUCGCAGUCCUGCUUCUUCUAAUGUGUCUCGGUGGCGCUGCGGCGUGUGGCUGCCCUGGCACCAACCAAGUCUACAUCCUACACAAAGCCCCCAUGACCGGCUGGUACACAUUCGUUCCGGGCGAGGGUUUCCAGCUGGUGGCGAACCUGGAGGGCGAGGCAGAGAUCAAAUACAACCUGGUGUAUCUGAGGACGCGGCAGGUGUGGGUGAUAAAGGAAAUUAGGUCUCCUAUGGUUAAUGACCUGUUCACCUGGAAUUCCACUAGUGCUCAUGGAGAAGGAGUCAACAACGUGAAAAUAUAUUGUCCAGGCCCCUGCACUUGUCGCAAGGUGAAGGUGAGGGGCGAGAGAUGCUUCCGCGGCUACUACGGGAGGACCGACGUCGUAGAGCAACUCAAGGAAGAGGAGACUACCAGACUCGAGCAGGAGGCACUGGCGAAGGCAAUGAGCCUGACGAAGGGCUUCAGCUUGAUAACGCCAUCGCCUCGCCAGCUCCCCCCGACGGUCGUGAACGGCGAAGAUGCUCUCGUGUCGCUCUUCAGGCAGAUGAACGGAAAAGACAAGAACAAGAAUCCCCCGAAGUUGAGGAUCCAGUCGCCCUCCACCACGACCAGGAAGUCCCUCUCGCGUGUGAAGCGGUUCUCGGUGCCCGGGCAGAGAGGCAGGGACCAACGGGCGAACAUGGACUACUUGCAGGGGUUGUUGGGCGGUCAGUUCAACCUCGAGCACGAUGGCCUACAAAAUGGCCGGGAAAAGGGCUGGCAAGACGAACACCAAAUUGGCCAAGUAGACAAUUCAUUAGAUGAGCCAGAUGGUGAUCAUGACAUGUUUGAUAUUCUCCUAAACGACCAGCAUGAUGAUCAACUAAACAGUGGCCAGAAAGGUGAACCAAUAAAUAGCUGGCAAGAUGUUCAGGUAACUAACCGACAAGUUAAUAUGCUAAAUGACCGGCAAUCUGAUGUGUUAAAUGGCCAGGUUUAUAUGUUAAAUAGCCGGCAAGUUGAUAUGUUAAAUGGUCGGCAAGCUGAUAUACUAAAUGGACGGCAAGCUGAUAUGUUAAAUGUCCGGCAAGCUGAUAUGUUAAAGGGUCGGCAAGCUGAUAUGCUAAAUGGACGGCAAGUUGAUAUGUUAAAUGUCCGGCAAACUGAUAUGUUAAAUGGUCGACAAGCUGAUAUGUUAAAUGUCCGGCAAGCUGAUAUGUUAAGUGGGCAGCCAAUUGACCUGCUACAUAGCCAUGUAGAUCUGCCAAACACCCGACAAGUAGAUAUGUUAAAUAGCCAGCAAGCUGAUACCUUACAUGGCAGUCAAAUUGAGAUGUUAAAUGACCGACAAACAGAUCUGCCAAAUAACCGACAAUACCAUAUGCUAAAUAGCUGGCAAGGGAGUCGACAAGAGGACCAGCGAGAUGCUCGCCAAAACGAACGCAAAACCGCCGCCCCAAACGAUCAGGAAGACGACCCACUAACUCGCCUGCUUUUCGCCCAGUCACAAGUCCGGCAAAGAGACAGUUUCCCGCUUUUGAGUAGCAAGUUACCCAAGAAACCUGCACCGAAGAAUAUCAUCCUCCAGGAAACACUGGACAUGCUGAAUAAACUCUUAGAGUGUGUAUUGUCUCCACCAGAAACAUUCUCCUCAACGACCGAAAAACCGACCAAGUCGUGCGCAUCGGGAACACACCCAGUUUCCGCCAAGGUUAAAUCGAAGCCACUGCCUAACCGAUCAGACACUGGGCGCACCAGAAGGAAUUACAAUUUGACAAUGUUGCAAAGUUUUAAUAAUCUGCAUAUCGACGGUCAGGAUAGCGAGAUCGAUGAGGAAGAAACCGUGAAGUGCCAGCCUGAUGUUUACGCUUACAUGGGCAACGCGGAAUACAGAAUUGCUCGUACUGAAACAGGCCACUUCUGGUGGAUAGGAAUGGGGAAUGAUUUGUUCGCAGUCAGUGAUGAAGGAGGGCCGUGUGUUGACCAGCUGCCUGCAAACACCAAGUGGAUGACAGCAGUAGACAGAAAUGCAGUCAAGAGCAACGAAAACGUGACAGUACAGUGUGUUGACUGGGAUCCAUCAUAACCCAUCAUGUAUAUAUUUUCGAGUUUGUCAUUUUUUCUUUCAUUCACAAUCUGUGUCUUUUUCGAGAGGUCAGUUCUUUGCAAAAGUUGUUAUUCUUGUUUAAAUUAUUUUAUUAUGUAAUGCAGUAUAUUGUUAUAUAUUAGGUUAUUGUAUAUUUAAAGAGACUUCCUUGUCUAGCAUGAUAUCUGCAUUUUCUGACUUCGAGUGAUGAUUUACCAGUUAUGAAUAAACGAUAC